UUGUUCAAGCAGCAGCAGCAGCAGCGAGCAGCAGCGAGCAGUGAGAGCGGCGAGAGUUUGAGGACCAGCGACAGCAACACCAAAAGCAGCACCAGCAACAUGGCUUUGGAACGUCAAGUCCGCAUGAAGAUCGCUGGCAAGCGCGAUCUGGAGAAGGAUAAGGAAGCGCAGUACUGGAUCGAGGAGGUGCUGGGUGAGAAGUUCCCGGCCGGUGUCCUGUACGAGGAUGCGCUCCGCGAUGGGCUGAUCUUGUGCAAGCUGAUCAACAAGCUGGAACCGGGCGCAGUGGCCAAGAUCAACACGUCCGGCGGUCAGUUCAAGAUGAUGGAAAACAUCAACCUGUUCCAGCAGGCGAUCAAGAAGUACGGAGUGCCCGACCUGGACGUCUUCCAAACGGUCGAUCUGUACGAGAAGAAGGACAUUGCGCAGGUGACGAGCACGAUCUUUGCGCUCGGUCGUGCGUGCUACAAACAUCCGGAGUUCACGGGUCCAUUCCUGGGCCCGAAGCCGGCCGAUGAGUGCAAACGCAACUUCACGGAGGAGCAGCUGAACGCGGGUCAGACCAUCAUUGGGCUGCAGGCUGGUCAGAACAAGGGUGCGACACAGGCCGGCCAGAACAUUGGUGCUGGACGGAAGAUCAUCUUUGGAAAGUAAGACGAUCCAGGGUGGCCCACCCAUCCCCCGUUACCCUGCCCCACAACAACUGUACGUGUACAAACUACCAGCAGCAGCAUCAGCAGCGAAUACACACGAAAAGCACACAUACGAAGCGCACACAAACAAACACACACAUAUAUAUUUAUAUGCAUGCAAUGGUGAUCAUCUAAGUAUCGUAACUAGACACACAGAGACGCACACACGUAUUUAAUGGCCUUAUGUAGAGCUCCCCCCUAUCUAUCCCUUUUCCCAUCUGUAUCCCUUCUACUGCAUCACAAGUGGAGACUAACAAACAAACGCACACAUAAACACACACAGAGACUAGAGUACUAGGAGCCUAGGAGGUGGCGAAUGGAGGAGCAGUAGUAGUGUCUGUAAGAUAUUGUGAAAUGAGAGGAGUACUCAUGGUGAUGGUGAUGAGGAUGAUGAGGAUGAUGUAUCGAGUAGAACAUACCCUUGAUGUUACGAUGUUCUGUUACGUCCAGAUCCGGGGCUGGAUUGACCGUGUGCGCGCGCGCCAAUUCGUUGAUAAUUUAUCUGUAAUAAAAUUAAUACUAUUUCUACAAAACAACAAA